UUGCAUUCAAUGUUAGACGAGAACUCGUAAUUUCAUAUCUAACAAAAUGAGACCUUUGCUGUUUUACUGAACUCGUUUUAAGUAUACUGUAUCUCUUAAAAAGUUAUGCUAUUACUUCUUUGAUAAAGGAACAUAUUUAGCAACAGAAAACUGAUAUACUAAUGGGUGGCAGCCAUGCUAGCUUUGUCUGAGUUUCUCAGUGCACUCUUCAUAGUUUUUCUAAUUCCGAGAAACAUGAACGCAUCAUAAGACUGUCUUGUCGGCCCCGGUACGACAGGUGAGUAACCCUUAAGCUUGUUUUAAUUCCUUUCUAAGAAGCUGUAGGACUAUAACUUCAGAAACAAUGUUUCCGAACAUGAUCGCCCAGACAUGAUGGCUAGCAGAGUUAGCCGUGGUUAGCUGUGCCGCGGUCUGGCGGGAGGGAAGUCAAAGUCUAUGGAAGUUUCACGUGCAGUCACUAGUAAACAGCAAGCAGUUCCUCUUGACAACAGGAGGUUAGGUUGGGAAAAACACGGUUUAACGCAGCGGCUUCCAAUUCCAGCUUCGGGGCUACUGAGCUAAAGCUGAAGGUGCAGUCCUGCUUCAACACAUUGAUUCUCUGUCUGAAUAACUUCCUCGGUGUCCUCGAGCUCCGGGUGAUACUUAGAGCUCUUCAGUUAGUUCAGCGUGGUUGGAACAGGGAUGAUGGAUCUGCUGGGAAGUUGGAAGGCAGAGACUCUUCAGUUCUGGAGUCUGGAUCCUCUGAUGUAAGGGAGCGGGCAGAAGUCGACUUUUCUCUCCAAACAGUCAGACAGCAGAGAAAUGUGGAGUAUUUACUGCUUAAAUUAUUUAUUUAUUUAUUUAUUACAUUGUUUUCCAAUAGAUUACAAUAAUUUAUACCUAUUCAUCCCGUCAACAGGACGUCCAGCAUGCAGUGAUCUUUGUAGACAGAUGGCACCAGCGUGGCAUACUAAGAAUAAACUGCCAGAAACAGACACUCAACAUGAUGUCAUGGUCAAAAGAAUGCACAACUCCUUUUAAGUCUUGGGUUUUAGAUACCAGGACAUCCGACUAAGAAUUUCCAACAGGGGUCUGCAACUUGUAGAUAAUUCCCUGGUGCUCCGGCACACCUGAAUCAAGUAUGCAGUCCAGUUGCCCAGAGUCCUGCUAAUGACCAGGAUCAGGACACUGGCCCUCAGGGACUAGAAGACCCCUGGUUACUUGAUCAGGUUACCUCCACAGAUGACAGGCCAUGGAGGUGGCACUGCUGUCAUCUGUAAAAGGCCUUAAUUUUUAUGUCAAAUGAUCGCUUCAAGUACCUUCAAUUCCUUUGAGAUGAUCAUGGUCUGAAUUGGCAAGAUAGAACCUAUAUAUCCCGUUCGGAUUUAUCGACCAUCUGGUCCAGUUUUAUCUUUUCUUUUAGACUUUCAGGACUAAAAGGACUAAUUUCUGCAUUUAGAUGAUGCAGAAGUUGAUAUCAGGAAAGUAGCUUGAAUAAAGGGCCUUUUCUGUUUUGAAGAAAUCUGCCCUGCCUUAGAUCAGCUCUAUUUGUAAAAUACAUCCAAGUCGUCACAGUUGAGGUUAUGCUCAACUAAAGAGAAAUUAAACACAGUGUGACUCUCGUGAAACUUUUAUUCUACUUGUGAAAAGCACCCAGUUUUAUUAAAGCUUUGAAAAAAUUAAUCUGUUGUUAAUAAUUGUUCUGUUAGAUUUGAGUGUGUGCAGGUUCCAGGAAGCAGAUGUUUGGGUUUAGACAGACUGUGAGUGAUCGCCCAUGGAUCAGAUGACCUUCAAACAUGACACCGUGCUGUCAGAUGUUCACAUGCACAGGCCCAACACACACCACCUGAUGACACGCCUCAACAGCGCCGGGCAGCCAGUGUUCAGGUCCAGAUUUAGGAUCUUGGCAGAAAGUCAUGAUGACAGUGACUCUGGGUCGGGUUCAGCAAACGAAGAGAAGCACGAGAGUCCAAGGAAAGAUGGAGGAACGUCUCCUAAACAGGAUGAGGAGGGAGGUAACCAAGGAAACGUGGAGCCAUGCUUGGAUGAAGACGGAGACCUUGACAUCACACAUCGACCACGAAAAAGCUCAGUGGAUGAAGGCGGCAGAGAUUUGGUCUGUCCCAUCAUCCUCCAGCAGUCUGUUCCUGACCUGGAACAAGAUGAGGACAGUGAUGAUGAUGAUGAUGAUGAUGAUGAUGAUGAUGAUGAUGAUGAUGAUGAUGAUGAAGAUGAUGAUGAAGAUGAAGAGACUUGUUGUUCUAAAGACAUUAUACAGAUUGAACACACUAUGGCUACACCGUUAGAAGACGUUGGAAAACAGGUCUGGCGGGGGGCCCUCCUCCUGGCUGACUUCAUCCUCUCUGAGAAAGACAUGUUCAGAGGGGCCACUGUCCUGGAGCUGGGAGCAGGGACAGGCUUAACCAGCAUCGUCAUGGCAACCACAGCCAAAACAGUCUACUGCACAGAUGUGGGUGAAGACCUCCUGAGGUUGUGCCACAGGAACGUGUUUCUGAAUCAACACAUGACGGACCCAGCAGGCGUGGAGGUGAAGGUAAAACAACUCAACUGGCUUCAGCACAGUCUUUGCACAGAUGCUGAUCUGGAGUUCAGCUGGACUGAAGAGGAAGUCACUGAUCUUUAUGACAACACCAACUUCAUUAUUGCAGCUGACGUUUGCUACGACGACGAUCUGACAGACGGCCUCUUCAGGACUCUGUACCGACUCUGCAGCAGCUUUAAUCACUCCUGCACAGUUUUCAUUUCUUUAGAGAAAAGAAUGAACUUUAGUCUGCGCCACAUGGACAUUUGCUGUGAGGCCUACAAUCAUUUUAAGCACUGUCUGUCCCAGCUGCAGGACAUGGAGGAUGGCCGGUGCGGAUUCAAAGUGGAACAUGUUCCUUUAAACUUCUCACAGUUUCUUCUAUAUGAACGUAUUGAGCAGCUGGAGCUUUGGAAGAUCACUGCGUCUUCUCUUGAAUCUGAACAAACCCAGUCUGACUCUGACUGAGGAGGCUCCCAGAGAUCGGCUCUGUGGACGCUGACCACAGGCUGCCUGCUGGACGCCCCAAAAAUCCACUAUGUUACUGAUCUGUGAAUGAACCAUUGGUGACCAGAGGCCUUUGUUUGGUGUGAGGCUGUUCAGCCAAACAAUCUGUUUCUGAUAGGCUGGUUGAUGCUGUAGGUUGUGUGAAUCCUCAUCUGUCUGCCAAAGUGGAGGCGGCUGAUGGCUCCUGUUUGUCUGACCAGCUUCCACCAUGUUGAAAUUUCUUUUCUUUUCUACAAACUUCAUGAUGAGACAUAUGUCUGCUGCUCAGAGGAACUGUUACUGAUUAUAACCUCAGAGGUUUAUUGCUCUGAAUAAGAAUGAGAUAUUUCCAUGUAACAAGCCGCAGUCCUGAUCACCAUCAUGGGACAAUUUUCACAUGGAAAAUAUUUGAAAGAGCAAAUUUUAUUUAUUUUAGUUUUUAAUGCUGUACAGUUGGUAACGAUCCCUUCAUGAUCAUUCAUUCUAACAGAAUCUCCCCCAAACUAAUCAGAUCUCAGUGACCUUGUUGGUGACAUCAACUAUUGUAGUUUUUAUUAGCUGAGCUUCUCAUUCUGUUCACACAGGUUUUUUGGGAAUAUGGCUCAACUGUUCAACAAUGUGAAAUAGAAAAAUAACUAUUAAUACAGAGCGGUACCUGUAACUUAACAGUAAGCCCAUCACUCUUUUUUUGUGUGGCGACUGACUUCUUCACAUGGAAUAUUUAGGAAUUUUACAGAGGAAGGACCUUAGAAAUAAAACACAUCAACACAGA